AUGCUUGAACUAGCCGUUAUAGAAAGAGUUGGUGACACACUGCGCGACGUGGAGGCCGAAACACUGGUCGGCACACUGGCUGACAAGCUAGCAGAAGUGGAGGGCGAGACACUUGAAGACAAACUGGGCAAUGUAGAGAUCGAUGCACUCGUCGACACACUGGUUGAAAGACUUGCGGAGGUGGAGGCCGAGACACUUGCCGACACACUGGGCGAUGUAGACGCCGAGCCACUGGUCGACAAACUCGCUGACACGCUAGCAGAGGGCGACGCUGAUACAGUUGCCGACACACUAGGCGAUGUUGAGACCGAUGCAUUCGUCGACAAACUAGCUGAAAGGCUAGCAGAGGUGGACGACGAGACACUUUCCGACACACUGGGUGAUGUAAACGCCGAGGCACUGGUCGACACACUCGCUGAAACGCUAGCAGAUAGCGAAUCUGACACAGUUGGUGACACACUAGGCGACGUGGAGGCCAAGACGCUGGUGGACACACUGGCUAAGAAGAUAACAGAGGUCAAGGGCGAGACACUUGCCGACACACUGGGCGAUGUGGAGAUCGAUGCACUCGUCGACACACUGGUUAAAGGGCUUACGGAAGUGAAGGCCGAGACACUUAAAGACACACUGGGCGAAUUGGAGACCGGGGCACUUGUAGACACACUGGUUGACAAAUUAGCAGAAGUGGAGGCCGAGACACUUUCCGACACACUGAGAGAUGUAGACGCCGAGGCACUGGUCGACACACUCGCUGAAACGGUGGCAGAUACCGACUCUGAUACAGUUGGUGACACACUCGGCGACGAGGAGGCCGAAACACUGGUCGACACACUGGCUGACAAGCUAGCAGAGGUAGAGGGCGAGACACUUGCCGACACACUGGGCGAUGUGGAGAUCGAUGCACUCGCCGACACACUGGUUGAAAGGCUUGCGGAAGUGGAGGCAGAGACACUUGCCGACACACUGGGCGAAUUGGAGACCGAGGCACUUGUAGACACACUGGUUGACAGGCUAGCAGAGGUGGAGGCCGAGACACUUGCCGACACACUGGGCGAAUUGGAGACCGAGGCACUCGUAGACAUACUGCUUGACAGGCUAGCAGAGGUAGAGGCCGAGACACUUUCCGACACACUAGGCGAUGUGGAGAUCGAUGCACUCGUCGACACACUGGUUGAAAGGCUUGCGGAAGUGGAGGCAGAGACACCUUCCGACACACUGAGAGAUGUAGACGCCGAGGCACUGGUCGACACACUCGCUGAAAAGGUGGCAGAUACCGACUCUGAUACACUUGGUGACACACUGGGCGACGAGGACGCCGAAACACUGGUCGACAAACUGGCUGACAAGCUACCAGAGGUGGAGGGCGAGACACUUGCCGACACACUGGGCGAUGUGGAGAUCGAUGCACUCGUCGACACACUGGUUGAAAGGCUUCCGGAAGUGGAGGCAGAGACACUUGCCGACACACUGGGCGAAUUAAAGACCGAGGCACUUGUAGACACACUGGCUGAAAGGCUAGUAGAGCUGGAGGCCAACACACUUGCCGACACACUGGGCGAUGUAGACACCGAGGCACUGGUCGACAAACUGGCUGACACGCUUACAGAAGGCGACGCUGAUACAGUUGCCGACACACUCGGCGAUAUUGAGACCGAUGCACUUGUCGACACACUGGCUGAAAGGCUAGCAGAGGUGGUCGCCGAGACACUUUCCGACACACUGGAAGAUGAAGAGGCCGAGGCAGUUGUCGACACACUCGCUGAAACGCUAGCAGAUAGCGACUCUGACACACUUAGUGACACACUGGGCGACGUGGAGGCCGAGACACUGGUCGACACACUGGCUGACAAGCUAGCAGAGGUGGAGAGCGAGACACUUGCCGAAAAACUGGGCGAUGUGGAGAUCGAUGCACUUGUCGACACACUGGUUGAAAGACUUGCAGAGGUAGAGGCCGAGACACUUAAAGACACACUGGGCGAAUUGGAGACCGAGGCACUUGUAGACACACUGGUUGACAAGCUAGGAGAAGUGGAGACCGAGACACUUUCCGACAACCUGGGAGAUGUGGAGAUCGAUGCACUCGUCGACACACUGGUUGAAAGGCUUCCGGAAGUGGAGGCAGAGACACUUGCCGACACACUGGGCGAGUUGGAGACCGAAGCACUUGUAGACACACUGGCUGAAAGGCUAGUAGAGCUGGAGGCCGACACACUUGCCGACACACUGGGCGAUGUAGACACCGAGGCACUGGUCGACAAACUGGCUGACACGCUUACAGAGGGCGACGCUGAUACAGUUGCCGACACACUCGGCGAUGUUGAGACCGAUGCACUCGUCGAAACACUGGCUGAAAGGCUAACAGACGUGGUCGCCGAGACACUUUCCGACACACUGGAAGAUGAAGAGGCCGAGGCAGUUGUCGACACACUCGCUGAAACGGUGGCAGAUAGCGACUCUGACACACUUAGUGACACACUGGGCGACGUGGAGGCCGAGACACUGGUCGACACACUGGCUGACAAGCUAGCAGAGGUGGAGAGCGAGACACUUGCCGAAAAACUGGGCGAUGUGGAGAUCGAUGCACUUGUCGACACACUGGUUGAAAGACUUGCAGAGGUAGAGGCCGAGACACUUAAAGACACACUGGGCGAAUUGGAGACCGAGGCACUUGUAGACACACUGGUUGACAAGCUAGGAGAAGUGGAGACCGAGACACUUUCCGACACACUGGGAGAUGUAGACGAAGAGGCACUGGUAGACACACUCGCUGAAACGGUGGCAGAUACGAACUCUGACAGAGUUGGUGACACACUGGGCGACGAGGAGGCCGAAACACUGGUCGACACACUAGCUGACAAGCUACCAGAGGUGGAGGGCGAGAAACUUGCCGACACACUGGGCGAUGUGGAGAUCGAUGCACUCGUCGACACACUGGUUGAAAGGCUUCCGGAAGUGGAGGCAGAGACACUUGCCGACACACUGGGCGAAUUGGAGACCGAGGCACUUGUAGACACACUGGUUGAAAGGCUAGUAGAGCUGGAGGCCGACACACUUGCCGACACACUGGGCGAUGUAGACACCGAGGCACUGGUCGACAAACUGGCUGACACGCUUACAGAGGGCGACGCUGAUACAGUUGCCGACACACUCGGCGAUGUUGAGACCGAUGCACUCGUCGAAACACUGGCUGAAAGGCUAGCAGACGUGGUCGCCGAGACACUUUCCGACACACUGGAAGAUGAAGAGGCCGAGGCAGUUGUCGACACACUCGCUGAAACGCUAGCAGAUAGCGACUCUGACACACUUAGUGACACACUGGGCGACGUGGAGGCCGAGACACUGGUCGACACACUGGCUGACAAGCUAGCAGAGGUGGAGAGCGAGACACUUGCCGAAAAACUGGGCGAUGUGGAGAUCGAUGCACUUGUCGACACGCUGGUUGAAAGACUUGCAGAGGUAGAGGCCGAGACACUUAAAGACACACUGGGCGAAUUGGAGACCGAGGCACUUGUAGACACACUGGUUGACAAGCUAGCAGAAGUGGAGACCGAGACACUUUCCGACACACUGGGAGAUGUAGACGAAGAGGCACUGGUCGACACACUCGCUGAAACGGUGGCAGAUAGCGACUCUGACAGAGUUGGUGACACACUGGGCGACGAGGAGGCCGAAACACUAGUCGACACACUGGCUGACAAGCUACCAGAGGUGGAGGGCGAGAAACUUGCCGACACACUGGGCGAUGUGGAGAUCGAUGCACUCGUCGACACACUGGUUGAAAGGCUUCCGGAAGUGGAGGCAGAGACACUUGCCGACACACUGGGCGAAUUGGAGACCGAGGCGCUUGUAGACACACUGGCUGAAAGGCUAGUAGAGCUGGAGGCCGACACACUUGCCAACACACUGGGCGAUGUAGACACCGAGACACUCGUCGACAAACUGGCUGACACGUUUGCAGAGGCCGACGCUGAUACAGUUGCCGACACACUCGGCGAUGUUGAGAACGAUGCACUCGUCGAAACACUGGCUGAAAGGCUAGCAGAGGUGGUCACCGAGAUACUUUCCGACACACUGGAAGAUGAAGAGGCCGAGGCAGUUGUCGACACACUCGCUGAAACGCUAGCAGAUAGCGACUCUGACACACUUAGUGACACACUGGGCGACGUGGAGGCCGAAACACUGGUCGACACACUGGCUGACAAGCUAGCAGAGGUGGAGAGCGAGACACUUGCCGAAAAACUGGGCGAUGUGGAGAUCGAUGCACUUGUCGACACACUGGUUGAAAGACUUGCAGAGGUAGAGGCCGAGACACUUAAAGACACACUGGGCGAAUUGGAGACCGAGGCACUUGUAGACACACUGGUUGACAAGCUAGCAGAAGUGGAGACCGAGACACUUUCCGACACACUGGGAGAUGUAGACGAAGAGGCACUGGUCGACACACUCGCUGAAACGGUGGCAGAUAGCGACUCUGACAAAGUUGGUGACACACUGGGCGACGAGGAGGCCGAAACACUGGUCGACACACUGGCUGACAAGCUACCAGAGGUGGAGGGCGAGACACUUGCCGACACACUGGGCGAUGUGGAGAUCGAUGCACUCGUCGACACACUGGUUGAAAGGCUUCCGGAAGUGGAGGCAGAGACACUUGCCGACACACUGGGCGAAUUGGAGACCGAGGCACUUGUAGACACACUGGCUGAAAGGCUAGUAGAGCUGGAGGCCGACACACUGGGUGAUGUAGACACCGAGGCACUGGUCGAGAAACUGGCUGACACGCUUGCAGAGGGCGACGCUGAUACAGUUACCGACACACUCGGCGAUGUUGAGACCGAUGCACUCGUCGACACACUGGCUAAAAGGCUAGCAGAGGUGGUCGCCGAGACACUAUCCGACACAAUGGAAGAUGAAGAGGCCGAGGCAGUUGUCGACACACUCGCUGAAACGCUAGCAGAUAGCGACUCUGACACACUUAGUGACACACUGGGCGAAGUGGAGGCCGAGACACUGGUCGACACAAAGUCUGACAAGCUACCAGAGGUGGAGAGCGAGACACUUACCGAAAAACUGGGCGAUGUGGAGAUCGAUGCACUUGUGGACACACUGGUUGAAAGACUUUCAGAGGUAGAGGCCGAGACCCUUAAAGACACACUGGGCGAAUUGGAGACCGAGGCACUUGUAGACACACUGGUUGACAAGCUAGCAGAAGUGGAGACCGAGACACUUUGCGACACACUGGGAGAUGUAGACGAAGAGGCACUGGUCGACACACUCGCUGAAACGGUGGCAGAUAGCGACUGUGACAAAGUUGGUGACACACUGGGCGACGAGGAGGCUGAAACACUGGUCGACACACUGGCUGACAAGCUACCAGAGGUGGAGGGCGAGACAGUUGCCGACACACUGGGCGAUGUGGAGAUCGAUGCACUCGUCGACACACUGGUUGAAAGGCUUCCGGAAGUGGAGGCAGAGACACUUGCCGACACACUGGGCGAAUUGGAGACCGAGGCGCUUGUAGACACACUGGCUGAAAGACUAGGAGAGCUGGAGGCCGACACACUUGCCAACACACUGGGCGAUGUAGACACCGAGGCACUGGUCGACAAACUGGCUGACACGCUUGCAGAGGCCGACGCUGAUACAGUUGCCGAGACACUCGGCGAUGUUGAGACCGAUGCACUCGUCAAAACACUGGCUGAAAGGCUAGCAGAGGUGGUCACCGAGGCACUUUCCGACACACUGGAAGAUGAAGAGGCCGAGGCAGUUGUCGACACACUCGCUGAAACGCUAGCAGAUAGCGACUCUGACACACUUAGUGACACACUGGGCGACGUGGAGGCCGAGACACUGGUCGACACACUGGCUGACAAGCUAGCAGAGGUGGAGAGCGAGACACUUGCCGACACACUGGGCGAUGUGGAGAUCGAUGCACUUGUCGACACACUGGUUGAAAGACUUUCAGAGGUAGAGGCCGAGACACUUAAAGACACACUGGGCGAAUUGGAGACCGAGGCACUUGUAGACACACUGGUUGACAAGCUAGCAGAAGUGGAGACCGAGACACUUUCCGACACACUGGGAGAUGUAGACGAAGAGGCACUGGUCGACACACUCGCUGAAACGGUGGCAGAUACCGACUCUGACACAGUUGGUGACACACUGGGCGACGAGGAGGCCGAAACACUGGUCGACACACUGGCUGACAAGCUACCAGAGGUGGAGGGCGAGACACUUGCCGACACACUGGGCGAUGUGGAGAUCGAUGCACUCGUCGACACACUGGUUGAAAGGCUUCCGGAAGUGGAGGCAGAGACACUUGCCGACACACUGGGCGAAUUGGAGACCGAGGCACUUGUAGACACACUGGCUGAAAGGCUAGUAGAGCUGGAGGCCGACACACUUGCUGACACACUGGGCGAUGUAGACACCGAGGCACUGGUCGACAAACUGGCUGACACACUUGCAGAGGGCGACGCUGAUACAGUUGCCGACACACUUGGCGAUGUUGAGACCGAUGCACUCGUCGACACACUGGCUGAAAGGCUAGCAGAGGUGGUCGCCGAAACACUUACUGACACAAUGGAAGAUGAAAAGGCCGAGGCAGUUGUCGACACACUCGCUGAAACGCUACCAGAUAGCGACUCUGACACACUUAGUGACACACUGGGCGACAUGGAGGCCGAGACACUUGUCGACACAAAGGCUGACAAGCUAGCAGAGGUGGAGAGCGAGACACUUGCCGAAAAACUGGGCGAUGUGGAGAUCGACGCACUUGUCGACACACUGGUUGAAAGACUUUCAGAGGUAGAGGCCGAGACACUUAAAGACACACUGGGCGAAUUGGAGACCGAGGCACUUGUAGACACACUGGUUGACAAGCUAGCAGAAGUGGAGACCGAGACACUUUCCGACACACUGGGAGAUGUAGACGAAGAGGCACUGGUCGAAACACUCGCUGAAACGGUGGCAGAUACCGACUCUGAGACAGUUGGUGACACACUGGGCGACGAGGAGGCCGAAACACUGGUCGACACACUGGCUGACAAGCUACCAGAGGUGGAGGGCGACACAAUUGCCGACACACUGGGCGAUGUGGAGAUCGAUGCACUCGUCGACACACUGGUUGAAAGGCUUCCGGAAGUGGAGGCAGAGACACUUGCCGACACACUGGGCGAAUUGGAGACCGAGGCGCUUGUAGACACACUGGCUGAAAGGCUAGUAGAGCUGGAGGCCGACACACUUGCCGACACACUGGGCGAUGUAGACACUGAGGCACUGGUCGACAAACUGGCUGACACACUUGCAGAGGGCGACGCUGAUACAGUUGCUGACACACUCGGCGAUGUUGAGACCGAUGCACUCGUCGACACACUGGCUGAAAGGCUAGCAGAGGUGGUCGCCGAGACACUUUCCGACACAAUGGAAGAUGAAAAGGCCGAGGCAGUUGUCGACACACUCGCUGAAACGCUACCAGAUAGCGACUCUGACACACUUAGUGACACAGUGGGCGACAUGGAGGUCGAGACACUAGUCGACACAAAGGCUGACAAGCUAGCAGAGGUGGAGAGCGAGACACUUGCCGAAAAACUGGGCGAUGUGGAGAUCGACGCACUUGUCGACACACUGGUUGAAAGACUUUCAGAGGUAGAGGCCGAGACACUUAAAGACACACUGGGCGAAUUGGAGACCGAGGCACUUGUAGACACACUGGUUGACAAGCUAGCAGAAGUGGAGACCGAGACACUUUCCGACACACUGGCAGAUGUAGACGAAGAGGCACUGGUCGACACACUCGCUGAAACGGUGGCAGAUAGCGACUCUGACACAGUUGGUGACACACUGGGCGACAAGGACGCCGAAACACUGGUCGACACACUGGAUGACAAGCUACCAGAGGUGGAGGGCGAGACACUUGCCGACACACUGGGCGAUGUGGAGAUCGAUGCACUCGUCGACACACUUGUUGAAAGGCUUCCGGAAGUGGAGGCAGAGACACUUGCCGACACACUGGGCGAAUUGGAGACCGAGGCACUUGUAGACACACUGGCUGAAAGGCUAGUAGAGCUGGAGGCCGACACACUUGCUGACACACUGGGCGAUGUAGACACCGAGGCACUGGUCGACAAACUGGCUGACACACUUGCAGAGGGCGACGCUGAUACAGUUGCCGACACACUCGGCGAUGUUGAGACCGAUGCACUCGUCGACACACUGGCUGAAAGGCUAGCAGAGGUGGUCGCCGAAACACUUACUGACACAAUGGAAGAUGAAAAGGCCGAGGCAGUUGUCGACACACUCGCUGAAACGCUACCAGAUAGCGACUCUGACACACUUAGUGACACACUGGGCGACAUGGAGGCCGAGACACUUGUCGACACAAAGGCUGACAAGCUAGCAGAGGUGGAGAGCGAGACACUUGCCGAAAAACUGGGCGAUGUGGAGAUCGACGCACUUGUCGACACACUGGUUGAAAGACUUUCAGAGGUAGAGGCCGAGACACUUAAAGACACACUGGGCGAAUUGGAGACCGAGGCACUUGUAGACACACUGGUUGACAAGCUAGCAGAAGUGGAGACCGAGACACUUUCCGACACACUGGCAGAUGUAGACGAAGAGGCACUGGUCGACACACUCGCUGAAACGGUGGCAGAUAGCGACUCUGACACAGUUGGUGACACACUGGGCGACGAGGAGGCCGAAACACUGGUCGACACACUGGCUGACAAGCUACCAGAGGUGGAGGGCGAGACACUUGCCGACACCCUGGGCGAUGUCGAGAUUGAUGCACUCGUCGACACACUGGUUGAAAGGCUUCCGGAAGUGGAGGCAGAGACACUUGCCGACACACUGGGCGAAUUGGAGACCGAGGCACUUGUAGACACACUGGCUGAAAGGCUAGUAGAGCUGGAGGCCGACACACUUGCCGACACACUGGGCGAUGUAGACACCGAGGCACUGAUCAGCAAACUGGGUGACACGCUUGCAGAGGCCGACGCUGAUACAGUUGCCGACGCACUCGGCGAUGUUGAGACCGAUGCACUCGUCAAAACACUGGCUGAAAGGCUAGCAGAGGUGGUCGCCGAGACACUUUCCGACACACUGGAAGAUGAAGAGGCCGAGGCAGUUGUCGACACACUCGCUGAAACGCUAGCAGAUACCGACUCUGACACACUUAGUGACACACUGGGCGACGUGGAGGCCGAGACACUGGUCGACACACUGGCUGACAAGCUAGCAGAGGUGGAGAGCGAGACACUUGCCGAAAAACUGGGCGAUGUGGAGAUCGAUGCACUUGUCGACACAAUGGUUGAAAGACUUGCAGAGGUAGAGGCCGAGACACUCAAAGACACACUGGGCGAAUUGGAGACCGAGGCACUUGCAGACACACUGGUUGACAAGCUAGCAGAAGUGGAGACCGAGACAUUUUGCGACACACUGGGAGAUGUAGACGAAGAGGCACUGGUCGACACACUCGCUGAAACGGUGGCAGAUAGCGACUCUGACAAAGUAGGUGACACACUGGGCGACAAGGAUGCCGAAACACUGGUCGACACACUGGCUGACAAGCUACCAGAGGUGGAGGGCGAGACACUUGCCGACACCCUGGGCGAUGUCGAGAUUGAUGCACUCGUCGACACACUGGUUGAAAGGCUUCCGGAAGUGGAGGCAGAGACACUUGCCGACACACUGGGCGAAUUGGAGACCGAGGCACUUGUAGACACACUGGCUGAAAGGCUAGUAGAGCUGGAGGCCGACACACUUGCCGACACACUGGGCGAUGUAGACACCGAGGCACUGAUCAGCAAACUGGGUGACACGCUUGCAGAGGCCGACGCUGAUACAGUUGCCGACGCACUCGGCGAUGUUGAGACCGAUGCACUCGUCAAAACACUGGCUGAAAGGCUAGCAGAGGUGGUCGCCGAGACACUUUCCGACACACUGGAAGAUGAAGAGGCCGAGGCAGUUGUCGACACACUCGCUGAAACGCUAGCAGAUAGCGACUCUGACACACUUAGUGACACACUGGGCGACGUGGAGGCCGAGACACUGGUCGACACACUGGCUGACAAGCUAGCAGAGGUGGAGAGCGAGACACUUGCCGAAAAACUGGGCGAUGUGGAGAUCGAUGCACUUGUCGACACAAUGGUUGAAAGACUUGCAGAGGUAGAGGCCGAGACACUUAAAGACACACUGGGCGAAUUGGACACCGAGGAACUUGUAGACACGCUGGUUGACAAGCUAGCAGAAGUGGAGACCGAGACACUUUCCGACACACUGGGAGAUGUAGACGAAGAGGCACUGGUCGACACACUCGCUGAAACGGUGGGAGAUAGCGACUCUGACAAAGUUGGUGACACACUGGGCGACGAGGAGGCUGAAACACUGGUCGACACACUGGCUGACAAGCUACCAGAGGUGGAGGGCGAGACACUUGCCGACACCCUGGGCGAUGUCGAGAUUGAUGCACUCGUCGACACACUGGUUGAAAGGCUUCCGGAAGUGGAGGCAGAGACACUUGCCGACACACUGGGCGAAUUGGAGACCAAAGCACUUGUAGACACACUGGCUGAAAGGCUAGUAGAGCUGGAGGCCGACACACUUGCCGACACACUGGGCGAUGUAGACACCGAGGCACUGAUCAGCAAACUGGGUGACACGCUUGCAGAGGCCGACGCUGAUACAGUUGCCGACGCACUCGGCGAUGUUGAGACCGAUGCACUCGUCAAAACACUGGCUGAAAGGCUAGCAGAGGUGGUCGCCGAGACACUUUCCGACACACUGGAAGAUGAAGAGGCCGAGGCAGUUGUCGACACACUCGCUGAAACGCUAGCAGAUACCGACUCUGACACACUUAGUGACACACUGGGCGACGUGGAGGCCGAGACACUGGUCGACACACUGGCUGACAAGCUAGCAGAGGUGGAGAGCGAGACACUUGGCGAAAAACUGGGCGAUGUGGAGAUCGAUGCACUUGUCGACACACUGGUUGAAAGACUUUCAGAGGUAGAGGCCGAGACACUUAAAGACACACUGGGCGAAUUGGAGACCGAGGCACUUGUAGACACACUGGUUGACAAGCUAGCAGAAGUGGAGACCGAGACACUUUCCGACACACUGGGAGAUGUAGACGAAGAGGCACUGGUCGACACACUCGCUGAAACGGUGGCAGAUAGCGACUCUGACAGAGUUGGUGACACACUGGGCGACGAGGAGGCCGAAACACUGGUCGACACACUGGCUGACAAGCUACCAGAGGUGGAGGGCGAGACACUUGCCGACACACUGGGCGAUGUGGAGAUCGAUGCACUCGUCGACACACUGGUUGAAAGGCUUCCGGAAGUGGAGGCAGAGACACUUGCCGACACACUGGGCGAAUUGGAGACCGAGGCACUUGUAGACACACUGGCUGAAAGGCUAGUAGAGCUGGAGGCCGACACACUGGGUGAUGUAGACACCGAGGCACUGGUCGAGAAACUGGCUGACACGCUUGCAGAGGGCGACGCUGAUACAGUUACCGACACACUCGGCGAUAUUGAGACCGAUGCACUCGUCGACACACUGGCUAAAAGGCUAGCAGAGGUGGUCGCCGAGACACUAUCCGACACAAUGGAAGAUGAAGAGGCCGAGGCAGUUGUCGACACACUCGCUGAAACGCUAGCAGAUAGCGACUCUGACACACUUAGUGACACACUGGGCGACGUGGAGGCCGAGACACUGGUCGACACAAAGUCUGACAAGCUAGCAGAGGUGGAGAGCGAGACACUUGCCGAAAAACUGGGCGAUGUGGAGAUCGAUGCACUUGUCGACACACUGGUUGAAAGACUUGCAGAGGUAGAGGCCGAGACACUUAAAGACACACUGGGCGAAUUGGACACCGAGGAACUUGUAGACACGCUGGUUGACAAGCUAGCAGAAGUGGAGACCGAGACACUUUCCGACACACUGGGAGAUGUAGACGAAGAGGCACUGGUCGACACACUCGCUGAAACGGUGGGAGAUAGCGACUCUGACAAAGUUGGUGACACACUGGGCGACGAGGAGGCUGAAACACUGGUCGACACACUGGCUGACAAGCUACCAGAGGUGGAGGGCGAGACACUUGCCGACACACUGGGCGAUGUGGAGAACGAUGCACUCGUCGACACGCUGGUUGAAAGGCUUCCGGAAGUGGAGGCAGAGACACUUGCCGACACACUGGGCGAAUUGGAGACCAAAGCACUUGUAGACACACUGGCUGAAAGGCUAGUAGAGCUGGAGGCCGACACACUUGCCGACACACUGGGCGAUGUAGACACCGAAGCACUGGUCGACAAACUGGCUGACACGCCUGCAGAGGGCGACGCUGAUACAGUUGCCGACACACUCGGCGAUGUUGAGACCGAUGCACUCGUCGAAACACUGGCUGAAAGGCUAGCAGAGGUGGUCGCCGAGACACUUUCCGACACACUGGAAGAUGAAGAGGCCGAGGCAGUUGUCGACACACUCGCUGAAACGCUAGCAGAUAGCGACUCUGACACACUUAGUGACACACUGGGCAACGUGGAGGCCGAGACACUGGUCGACACACUGGCUGACAAGCUAGCAGAGGUGGAGAGCGAGACACUUGGCGAAAAACUGGGCGAUGUGGAGAUCGAUGCACUUGUCGACACACUGGUUGAAAGACUUUCAGAGGUGGAGGCCGAGCCACUUAAAGACACACUGGGCGAAUUGGAGACCGAGGCACUUGUAGACACACUGGUUGACAAGCUAGCAGAAGUGGAGACCGAGACACUUUCCGACACACUGGGAGAUGUAGACGAAGAGGCACUGGUCGACACACUCGCUGAAACGGUGGCAGAUAGCGACUCUGACACAGUUGGUGACACACUGGGCGACGAGGACGCCGAAACACUGGUCGACAUACUGGCUGACAAGCUACCAGAGGUGGAGGGCGAGACACUUGCCGACACACUGGGCGCUGUGGACAUCAAUGCACUCGUCGACACACUGGUUGAAAGGCUUCCGGUAAUGGAGGCAGAGACACUUGCCGACACACUGCGCGAAUUGGAGACCGAGGCACUUGUAGACACACUGGUUGACAAGCUAGCAGAAGUGGAGACCGAGACACUUUCCGACACACUGGGAGAUGUAGACGAAGAGGCACUGGUCGACACACUCGCUGAAACGGUGGCAGAUAGCGACUCUGACACAGUUGGUGACACACUGGGCGACAAGGACGGCGAAACACUGGUCGACACACUGGCUGACAAGCUACCAGAGGUGGAGGGCGAGACACUUGCCGACACACUGGGCGAUGUGGAGAUCGAUGCACUCGUCGACACACUUCUUGAAAGGCUUCCAGAAGUGGAGGCAGAGACACUUGCCGACACACUGGGCGAAUUGGAGACCGAAGCACUUGUAGACACACUGGCUGAAAGGCUAGUAGAGCUAGAGGCCGACACACUUGCGGACACACUGGGCGAUGUAGACACCGAGGCACUGGUCGACAAACUGGCUGACACGCUUGCAGACGGCGACGCUGAUACAGGUGCCGACACACUCGGCGAUGUUGAGACCGAUGCACUCGUCGAAACACUGGCUGAAGGGCUAGCAGAGGUGGUCGCCAAGAUACUUUCCGACACACUGGAAGAUGAAGAGGCCGAGGCAGUUGUCGACACACUCGCUGAAACGCUAGCAGAUAGCGACUCUGACACAGUUGGUGACACACUGGGCGACGAGGAGGCCGAAACACUGGUCGACACACUGGCUGACAAGCUACCAGAGGUGGAGGGCGAGACACUUGACGACACACUGGGCGAUGUGGAGAUCGAUGCACUCGUCGACACACUGGUUGAAAGGCUUCCGGAAGUGGAGGCAGAGACACUUGCCGACACACUGGGCAAAUUGGAGACCGAGGCACUUGUAGACACACUGGCUGAAAGGCUAGUAGAGCUGGAGGCCGACACACUUACCGACACACUGGGCGAUGUAGACACCGAGGCACUGGUCGACAAACUGGCUGACACGCUUGCAGAGGCCGACGCUGAUAGAGUUGCCGACACACUCGGCGAUGUUGAGACCGAUGCACUCGUCAAAACACUGGCUGAAAGGCUAGCAGAGGUGGUCACCGAGGCACUUUCCGACACACUGGAAGAUGAAGAGGCCGAGGCAGUUGUCGACACACUCGCUGAAACGCUAGCAGAUAGCGACUCUGACACACUUAGUGACACACUGGGCGACGUGGAGGCCGAGACACUGGUCGACACACUGGCUGACAAGCUAGCAGAGGUGGAGAGCGAGACACUUGCCGAAAAACUGGGCGAUGUGGAGAUCGAUGCACUUGUCGACACACUGGUUGAAAGACUUGCAGAGGUAGAGGCCGAGACACUUAAAGACACACUGGGCGAAUUGGAGACCGAGGCACUUGUAGACACACUGGUUGACAAGCUAGCAGAAGUGGAGACCGAGACACUUUCCGACACACUGGGAGAUGUAGACGAAGAGGCACUGGUCGACACACUCGCUGAAACGGUGGCAGAUAGCGACUCUGACACAGUUGGUGACACACUGGGCGACGAGGACGCCGAAACACUGGUCGACACACUGGCUGACAAGCUACCAGAGGUGGAGGGCGAGACACUUGCCGACACACUGGGCGAUGUGGAGAUCGAUGCACUCGUCGACACACUGGUUGAAAGGCUUCCGGAAGUGGAGGCAGAGACACUUGCCGACACACUGGGCGAAUUGGAGACCGAGGCACUUGUAGACACACUGGCUGAAAGGCUACUAGAGCUGGAGGCCGACACACUUGCCGACACACUGGGCGAUGUAGACACCGAGGCACUGGUCGACAAACUGGCUGCCACGCUUGCAGAGGGCGACGCUGAUACAGUUGCCGACACACUCGGCGAUGCUGAGACCGAUGCACUCGUCGAAACACUGGCUGAAAGGCUAGCAGAGGUGGUCGCCGAAACACUUUCCGACACACUGGAAGAUGAAAAGGCCGAGGCAGUUGUCGACACACUCGCUGAAACGCUACCAGAUAGCGACUCUGACACACUUAGUGACACACUGGGCGACAUGGAGGCCGAGACACUGGUCGACACAAAGGCUGACAAGCUAGCAGAGGUGGAGAGCGAGACACUUGCCGAAAAACUGGGCGAUGUGGAGAUCGACGCACUUGUCGACACACUGGUUGAAAGACUUUCAGAGGUAGAGGCCGAGACACUUAAAGACACACUGGGCGAAUUGGAGACCGAGGCACUUGUAGACACACUGGUUGACAAGCUAGCAGAAGUGGAGACCGAGACACUUUCCGACACACUGAGAGAUGUAGACGCCGAGGCACUGGUCGACACACUCGCUGAAACGGUGGCAGCUACCGACUCUGAUACAGUUGGUGACACACUGGGCGACGUGGAGGCCGAGAAACUGCUGGACACACUGGCUAAGAAGAUAGCAGAGGUCAAGGGAGAGACAGUUGCCGACACACUGGGCGAUGUGGAGAUCGAUGCACUCGUCGACACACUGGUUGAAAGGCUUGCCGAAGUGGAGGCAGAGACACUUGCCGACACACUGGGCGAAUUGGAGACCGAGGCACUUGUAGACACACUGGCUGAAAGGCUAGUAGAGCUGGAGGCCGACACACUUGCCGACACACUGGGCGAUAUAGACACCGAGGCACUAGUCGACAAACUGGCUGACACGAUUGCAGAGGACGAAACUGAUACAGUUGCCGACACACUCGGCGAUGUUAAGACCGAUAAACUCGUCGACACACUGGCUGAAAGGCUAGCAGAGGUGGACGACGAGAAACUUUCCGACACACUGGGCGAUAUAGACGCCGAAGCACUGGUCGACACACUCACUGAAACGCUAAAAGAUAGCGACUCUGACACACUUAGUGACACACUAAACGACGUGGAGGCCAAGACACUGGUCGAAACACUGGCUGACAAGCUAGCAGAGGUGGAGAGCGAGAAACUUGCCGACACACUGGGCGAUGUGGAGAUCGAUGCACUUGUCGACACACUGGUUGAAAGACUUUCAGCGGUAGAGGCCGAGACACUUAAAGACACACUGGGCGAAUUGGAGACCGAGGCACUUGUAGACACACUGGUUGACAAGCUAGCAGAAGUGGAGACCGAGACACUUUCCGACACACUGGGAGAUGUAGACGAAGAGGCACUGGUCGACACACUCGCUGAAACGGUGGCAGAUAGCGACUCUGACAGAGUUGGUGACACACUGGGCGACAAGGACGCCGAAACACUGGUCGACACACUGGCUGACAAGCUACCAGAGGUGGAGGGCGAGACACUUGCCGACACACUGGGCGAUGUGGAGAUCGAUGCACUCGUCGACACACUGGUUGAAAGGCUUCCGGAAGUGGAGGCAGAGACACUUGCCGACACACUGGGCGAAUUGGAGACCGAGGCACUUGUAGACACACUGGCUGAAAGGCUAGUAGAGCUGGAGGCCGACACACUUGCGGACACACUGGGCGAUGUAGAUACCGAGGCACUGGUCGACAAACUGGCUGACACGCUUGCAGAGGGCGACGCUGAUACAGUUGCCGACACACUCGGCGAUGUUGAGACCGAUGCACUCGUCGAAACACUGGCUGAAAGGCUAGCAGAGGUGGACGACGAGAAACUUUCCGACACACUGGGCGAUAUAGACGCCGAAGCACUGGUCGACACACUCCCUGAAACGCUAAAAGAUAGCGGCUCUGACACACUUAGUGACACACUAAACGACGUGGAGGCCAAGACACUGGUCGAAACACUGGCUGACAAGCUAGCAGAGGUGGAGAGCGAGACACUUGCCGACACACUGGGCGAUGUGGAGAUCGAUGCACUUGUCGACACACUGGUUGAAAGACUUUCAGAGGUAGAGGCCGAGACACUUAAAGACACACUGGGCGAAUUGGAGACCGAGGCACUUGUAGACACACUGGUUGACAAGCUAGCAGAAGUGGAGACCGAGACACUUUCCGACACACUGGGAGAUGUAGACGAAGAGGCACUGGUCGACACACUCGCUGAAACGGUGGCAGAUAGCGACUCUGACACAGUUGGUGACACACUGGGCGACGAGGAGGCCGAAACACUGGUCGACACACUGGCUGACAAGCUACCAGAGGUGGAGGGCGAGACACUUGCCGACACACUGGGCGAUGUGGAGAUCGAUGCACUCGUCGACACACUGGUUGAAAGGCUUCCGGAAGUGGAGGCAGAGACACUUGCCGACACACUGGGCGAAUUGGAGACCGAGGCACUUGUAGACACACUGGCUGAAAGGCUAGUAGAGCUGGAGGCCGACACACUUGCCGACACACUGGGCGAUGUAGACACCGAGGCACUGGUCGACAAACUGGCUGACACGCUUGCAGAGGGCGACGCUGAUACAGUUGCCGACACACUCGGCGAUGUUGAGACCGAUGCACUCGUCGACACACUGGCUGAAAGGCUAGCAGAGGUGGUCGCCGAGACACUUUCCGACACACUGGAAGAUGAAGAGGCCGAGGCAGUUGUCGACACACUCGCUGAAACGCUAGCAGAUAGCGACUCUGACACACUUAGUGAUACACUGGGCGACGUGGAGGCCGAGACACUGGUCGACACACUGGCUGACAAGCUAGCAGAGGUGGAGAGCGAGACACUUGCCGAAAAACUGGGCGAUGUGGAGAUCGAUGUACUUGUCGACACACUGGUUGAAAGACUUUCAGAGGUAGAGGCCGAGACACUUAAAGACACGCUGGGCGAAUUAGAGACCAAGGCACUUGUAGACACACUGGUUGACAAGCUAGCAGAAGUGGAGACCGAGACACUUUCUGACACACUGGGAGAUGUAGACGAAGAGGCACUGGUCGACACACUCGCUGAAACGGUGGCAGAUGGCGACUCUGACACAGUUGGUGACACACUGGGCGACGAGGACGCCGAAACACUGGUCGACACACUGGCUGACAAGCUACCAGAGGUGGAGGGCGAGACACUUGCCGACACACUGGGCGAUGUGGAGAUCGAUGCACUCGUCGACACACUGGUUGAAAGGCUUCCGGAAGUGGAGGCAGAGACACUUGCCGACACACUGGGCGAAUUGGAGACCGAGGCACUUGUAGACACACUGGCUGAAAGGCUAGUAGAGCUGGAGGCCGACACACUUGCCGACACACUGGGCGAUGUAGACACCGAGGCACUGGUCGACAAACUGGCUGACACGCUUACAGAGGCCGACGCUGAUAGAGUUGCCGACACACUCGGCGAUGUUGAGACCGAUGCACUAGUCGAAACACUGGCUGAAAGGCUAGCAGAGGUGGUCACCGAGGCACUUUUCGACACACUGGAAGAUGAAGAGGCCGAGGCAGUUGUCGACACACUCGCUGAAACGCUAGCAGAUAGCGACUCUGACACACUUAGUGAUAUACUGGGCGACGUGGAGGCCGAGACACUGGUCGACACACUGGCUGACAAGCUAGCAGAGGUGGAGAGCGAGACACUUGCCGAAAAACUGGGCGAUGUGGAGAUCGAUGCACUUGUCGACACACUGGUUGAAAGACUUUCAGAGGUAGAGGCCGAGACACUUAAAGACACGCUGGGCGAAUUAGAGACCGAGGCACUUGUAGACACACUGGUUGACAAGCUAGCAGAAGUGGAGACCGACACACUUUCUGACACACUGGGAGAUGUAGACGAAGAGGCACUGGUCGACACACUCGCUGAAACGGUGGCAGAUAGCGACUCUGACAAAGUUGGUGAGACACUGGGCGACGAGGAGGCCGAAACACUGGUCGACACACUGACUGACAAGCUACCAGAGGUGGAGGGCGAGACACUUGCCGACACACUGGGCGAUGUGGAGAUCGAUGCACUCGUCGACACACUGGUUGAAAGGCUUCCGGAAGUGGAGGUAGAGACACUUGCCGACACACUGGGCGAAUUGGAGACCGAUGCAAUUGUAGACACACUGGCUGAAAGGCUAGUAGAGCUGGAGGCCGACAAACUUGCCGAGACACUGGGCAAUGUAGACACCGAGGCACUGGUCGACAAACUGACUGACACGCUUGCAGAGAGCGACGCUGAUACAGUUGCCGACACACUCGGCGACGUUGAGACCGAUGCACUUGUCGAGACACUGGUUGAAAGGCUAGUAGAGGUGGACGCCGAGACAUUUUCCGACACACUGGAAGAUGUAGACGCCGAGGCACUGGUCGAAACACUCGCUGAAACGCUAGCAGAUAGCGACUCUGACACACUUGAUGACACACUGGGCGAAGUGGAGGGCAAGACACUGGUCGACAGACUCGCUGACAAGCUAGCAGAGGUGGAGAGCGAGACACUUGCCGACACACUAGGCGAUGUGGAGAUCGAUGCACUUGUCGAAACACUGGUUGAAAGACUUGCAGAGGUAGAGGCCGAGACACUUAAAGACACAGUGGGUGAAUUGGAGUCCGAGGCACUUGUAGACACACUGGUUGACAAGCUAGCAGAAGUGGAGGCCGAGACACUUUCCGACAAACUGGGAGAUGUAGACGAAGAGGCACUGGUAGACACACUCGCUGAAACGGUGGCAGAUAGCGACUCUGACACAGUUGGUGUCACACUGGGUGACGAGGAGGCCGAAACACUGGUCGACACACUGGCUGACAAGCUACCAGAGGUGGAGGGCGAGACACUUCCUGACACACCUCGCGAUGUGGAGAUCGAUGCACUCGUCGACACACUGGUUGAAAGGCUUCCGGUAAUGGAGGCAGAGACACUUGCCGACACACUGCGCGAAUUGGAGACCGAGGCACUUGUAGACACACUGGCUGAAAGGCUAGUAGAGCUGGAGGCCGACACACUUGCCGACACACUGGGCGAUGUAGACACCGAGGCACUGGUCGACAAACUGGCUGACACGCUUGCAGAGGCCGACGCUGAUAGAGUUGCCGACACACUCGGCGAUGUUGAGACCGAUGCACUAGUCGAAACACUGGCUGAAAGGCUAGCAGAGGUGGUCACCGAGGCACUUUUCGACACACUGGAAGAUGAAGAGGCCGAGGCAGUUGUCGACACACUCGCUGAAACGGCUGCAGAGAGCGACUCUGACACACUUAGUGACACACUGGGCGACGUGGAGGCCGAGUCACUGGUCGACACACUGGGUGACAAGCUAGCAGAGGUGGAGAGCGAGACACUUGCCGAAAAACUGGGCGAUGUGGAGAUCGAUGCACUUGUCGACACACUGGUUGAAAGACUUUCAGAGGUAGAGGCCGAGACACUUAAAGACACACUGGGCGAAUUGGAGACCGAGGCACUUGUAGACACACUGGUUGACAAGCUAGCAGAAGUGGAGGCCGAGACACUUUCCGACAAACUGGGAGAUGUAGACGAAGAGGCACUGGUAGACACACUCGCUGAAACGGUGGCAGAUAGCGACUCUGACACAGUUGGUGUCACACUGGGUGACGAGGAGGCCGAAACACUGGUCGACACACUGGCUGACAAGCUACCAGAGGUGGAGGGCGAGACACUUCCUGACACACCUCGCGAUGUGGAGAUCGAUGCACUCGUCGACCCACUGGUUGAAAGGCUUCCGGAAGUGGAGGCAGACACACUUGCUGACACACUUGGGGAAUUGGAGACCGAGGCACUUGUAGACACACUGGUUGACAGGCUAGCAGAGGUGGAGGCCGAGACACUUUCCGACACACUGGGCAAUGUAGACGAAGAGGCACUGGUCGACACACUCGCUGAAACGGUAAGAGAUUGCGACUCUGACACCGUUGGUGACACUUUGGGCGACCUGGAGGCCGAAACACUGGUCGACACACUAGCUGAUAAGCUACCAGAGGCUGAGGGCGAGACACUUGCCGACACACUGCGCGAUGUGGAGAUCGAUGCACUCGUCGAUACACUGGUUGAAAGGCUUGCGGAAGUGGAGGCAGAGACACUUGCCGACACACUGGGCGAAUUGGAGACCGAGGCACUUGUCGACACACUGGCUGAAAGGCUAGUAGAGCUGGAGGCCGACAAACCUUCCGACACACUGGGCGAUGUAGACGCCGAGGCACUGAUAGACAAAAUGGCUGAUACGCUAGAAGAUUGCGACGCUGAUACAGUUGGCGACAGAGUGGGCGAUGUUGAGACUGAUGCACUCGUCGACACACUGGUUAAAAGGCUAGCAGAGGUGGAGUCCGAGACAUUUUCCGACACACUGGGCGAUGUAGACGCCGAGGCACUGGUCGACACACUUGCUGAAACGCUAGCAGAUAAAGACUCUGACACACUUGGUGACACACUGGGCGAGGUGGAGGCCGAGACACUAGUCGACACACUGGCGGACAAGCUAGCAGAGGUGGAGGGCGAGACACUUGCCGACACACUGGGCGAUGUAGACACCGAGGCACUGGUCGACAUACUGGCUGACACGCUUGCAGAGGGCGACGCUGAUUUAGUUGCCGACACGCUCGGCGAUGUUGAGACCGAUUCACUCGUCGACACACUGGCUGAAAGGCUGAAAGGACGCAGAGUAGAGCACACUGGAAGAUGCCGACACUGGGCGACGCACUUGCGGAAACCGACGACUCUGACACACUGGGUGAUACACUGGGCACGUGGGCACUGGUCGACAAACUGGCUGACACGCUUGCAGAGGCCGACGCUGAUACAGUUGCCGACACACUCGGCGAUGUUGAGACGGAUGCACUCGUCGAAACACUGGUUGAAAGACUUUCAGAGGUAGAGGCCGAGACACUUAAAGACACACUGGGCGAAUUGGAGACCGAGGCACUUGUAGACACACUGGUUGACAAGCUAGCAGAAGUGGAGACCGAGACACUUUCCGACGCACUGGGAGAUGUAGACGAAGAGGAACUGGUCGACAAAAACGGGGCAGAUACACUCUGACGCAGUUUGUGACGACGCGGAUAACACUGGUCGACACACUGGCGACAAGCUACCAGGGCGAUGUUGAGACCGAUGCAGAUCGAUGCGUCGACACACUGGUUAAAAGACUUGCAGAAAGUAGCAGACAUGGACACACUGGGCGAAUUGACCGAGGCUUUCCUGGUUGACAAGCUGGGCGAUGUAGACGCCGAGGCACUGGUCGACACACUCGCUGAAACGCUAGCAGAUGUUGACUCUGACACAGUUGGUGACACACUGGGCGACGUGGAGGCCGAGACACUGGUGGACACACUAGCUGAGAAGAUAGCAGAGGUGGAGGGCGAGACACUUGCCGACACACUGGGCGAUGUAGAAAUUGAUGCACUUGUCGAUACACUGGUUGAAAGACUUGCGGAGGUGGAGACCGAGACACUUGCCGACACACUGGUCCAAUUAAAGGCCGAGGCACUUGUAGACUUACUGGUUGACAGGCUAGCAGAGGUGGACGUCGAGACACUUGCCGACACACUGGGCGAUGGAGACGCCGAGGCACUGAUCGACAAACUGGCUGAUACGCUAGCAGAGGGCGACGCUGAUACAGUUGGCGACAGACUGGGCGAUGUUGAGACCGAUGCACUCGUCGACACACUGGCUGAAACGGUGGCAGAUAGGGACUCUGACACACUUGAUGACACACUGGGCGAAGUGGAGGCCGAGACACUGGUCGACACACUCGCUGAAACGCUAGCAGAUAGCGACUCUGACACACUUGGUAACACGUUGGGCGACGUGGAGGCCGAAACAUUGUUCGACACACUGGCUGACAAGCUAGCUGAGGUGGAGGGCGAGACACUUGCCGACACACUGGGCGAUGUUGAGAUUGAUUCACUCGUCGACACACUGGUUGAAGGACUUGCAGAGGUGGAGGCCGAGAUACUUGCCGACACACUCGGCGAACUGGAGACCGAGCCACUUGUAGACACACUGGUUGACAAGCUAGCAGAGGUGGAGGCCGAGACACUUGCCGACACACUGGGCGAUGUAACCGCCGAGGCACUGUUCGACAAACUCGCUGAUAGGCUAGCAGACGGCGACGCUGAUACAGUUGCCGACGGACUGGGCGAUGUUGAGACCGAUGCACUCGUCGACACACUGGCUGAAAGGCUAGCAGAGGUGGAGGCCGAGACACGUUCUGACACACUGGGUGAUGUAGAUGCCGAGGCACUGGUCGACACACUCGCUGAAAGGCUAGCAGAUAGCGACUCUGACACACUUGCUGACACAUUGGGCGACGUGGAGGCCGAGACACUGGUCGACACACUGGCUGACAAGGUAGCAGAGGUGUAGGGCGAGACACUUGACGACACACUGGGCGAUGUGGAGAUAGAUGCCCUCGUCAACACACUGGUUGAAACGCUUACGGAGGUGGAGGCCGAGACACUUGCUGACAAACUGGUUGACAGGCUAGCAGAGGUGGAGGCUGAGACACUUGCCGACACACUGGGCGAUAUAGACGCUGAAGCAGUGCUCGACAAACUGGCUGGCACGCUUGCAGAUGGCGACGCUGAUACAGUUGCCGACGGAGUGGGCGAUGUUGAGACCGAUGCACUCGUCGACACACUGGGUGAAAGGCUAGCAGAGGUGGAGGCCGAGACACUUUCCGACACACUGGGCGAUGUAGACGCCGAGGCACUGGUCGACACACUCGCUGAAACGCUAAAAGAUAGCGAGUCUGGCACAGUUGGUGAUCCAUUGGGCGAAGUGGAGGCCGAGACACUCGUCGACACACUGGCUGAGAAGCUAGCAGAGGUGGAGGGCGAGACACUUGCCGACACACUGGGCGAUGAGGCUGUCGUGCUUUCGACAUCUGUUGAUUUUAAGAGUUUUUCGUGUUUUAGUUUAUGCUGCUUUUACCCCUUCUUUGGGUUUAAGUAUUGAGAAGCAACUGAUCAUGUUGUGAAAAGACAUCUACAUUUGAAAUUUUUGUUGAGCAGUUUGUUGUUUGGAUUAGAAAGUGUUUGCAAGUUGGGACGUUAGAGUUGAUUUCGUUUGUAUGUUUGUAUGAGUUGUGGGGCUUUCUGUUAUAUUAAAAGUGCGUAACUUUCUUUUGUUGACCCGAUAUAAUUUUGCGUUUAAUGAGGCUCGAUCCAGUAUUUUGUAAGGCAAACUUCCACAUUCGAACUUCUUUUACCUAUACAGCUUGAUAUCCAUAAUAACACAUGGAUUACUUAUGAUUAUAUUUAAAUAUAUUAUAUUGGUAUGCAUUUGAAAAUAGUAGCGCCUUUAGUGUGAAAGCGUUGUGCAAUCUCAGAGCAUUACUUGUACGAUGGUACAGAUGGGCACUGAAACUGUGUUUUUGAUAUUUGACAAAUGCAGUUUCGAAAACGAUUGUAAGUAAAUAAAUACAACAUUUUAACACAUUUCUCUACAUGAUCUGUUUUCCAAUAAAACUACGAUUACGAAAACGGAAAGGGCUCUCUUCUUUGUCGUACUUGUUGUCGGAACUUAGAUACUUACCUACAGCUGUCGUUGAAAAGCUUAUGAUUUUCAUUUUUUUUUUUUUAAUUUUCUUACACUGGCUUCCACUGAGGGACAUUAAUUGGCCUUUCUCGAUCAGAUUCUAGUAUGUUAAACAAGAAACUAGAAUACAUACAUUUCACCUGUUAAAGCAAGCCACGCUAAAAAGAAAUGUAUUUUCAGCUGUUAUUUUUGCUACGUUUUCCUAAAUUUGCGGUUUAAACAGUUCGUUUUGCUAUUUUCAAAGAAAGGCAGAACAGAAAGGCAAUUGAGGCAACUGGGAAUAAGACCUACCAUUUCCUCGUUUCUAUGGUCCUGCCGAACAUAGUCCUGAAUAGGACUUUCGUUGACAUUGACUGAUGUUUCGAAAACCUUGAGGUAGUCAUCUUCAGACUUAAAGUGAGUUUUAUCAUGUCAGUUGAUGGUAUUAAACUCUGUUUAUUGACCUGAUUGGUCAAUUAAGUCGCGAUGUCAUUGGCUGCCUGUCAGUUAAGCCGUGAUGUUAUUGGCUAUGAUGUCAUUGGUGCGUAAUUUUUGCUAAAUUUUAUUUACUCUUAAACAGCCCGGUAAAGUUUCACCUGAUAAGGUCUAGUUUGUGCUACAUACAAUACCAGAAUCAUUAUGAUUUACUUUUUGAGAAUGAAAUAUGAACUCAGCACCUAAGUAUGAAUGAAGGGGUAUAAUUCCUAGGAUUUACCAUUUGAAUCCGAGGCCCCAUAAACACUUAUUUGGAAAAAUUUGAAACGGCAUCUUUCUUCUGGUUUUGACCUAAACAGAUAUAAUGAGCCCAUUCCUUACGCAACGCCGACAGAGAAAACACACGAUUUUUUUAAAGGUGGUUUGGAAAUUACCUUUUCCAUCGGUGACACUUGUUGACCCUCUAGUUGACAAGUUAGCAGAGGUCGAGGUAGAGUCACUGGGCGUUAAACUUGUCACGGUGAAUGCCGAGACACUUAGUAACAAAACACUUGAUGGCGAGAUAGCAGAAGUAGAAUUCGAGAAACGGAGUGUCACAAAAGCCUUAGUAAACGCCGAGACACUUGGUAUUGCACUUGCUGUUAAGUUAGAAGAAUUAGUGAUCGAGUUACUGGUCAUGACACUGGCCGGGGAAGAGUCCAAGACACUUGGCACCGAACUGGUUGAUAAGUUAGCUGACGAAGAGGUUGAAUCACUAAGCGUGGAAAUGAUCGGGGAGACCAAGGCACUUGGUGACUUACUGGUUGACAAGUUAGAGUUGUUGGAAGUCAAGUUACUGGGUGCAACAAUUACCGGGGUAGAGACCGAGAUGAUUGACGACUUUCUGCCUGACAAGGUAGCAGAGGAGGCAAUCGAAGUACUGGGUGCAAUAAUCGCUGCGUUAGAGACCGAAACACUUGACGACGCCUUAGUUGAUAAGUUAACCGGCGAAAAGGCCAAGUAA